AUGUCCUGGCCAAGCGGAUCUUGUGCAUGCAGCGAAUGUACAGUCCUCACUCAUCCUCGCGAAGCAAAGUGGCUUUGCGGCUGUGGCCUACAGGCCAACUUGCUCCAGGGGCUCUGUAUCGUGCUCUUUCUGGGCCCGGAUCAGUUGCUCGAGCGACCUUAUUUGUGGUCAGUACAAUCUUGUGGACAGACGUGUGAUGCCCUGCCAAGUGCUCCUAAAUGGAGGUGCCUGGCUGAAGCCGCUUUGAAGAAUCCGGUGUCUACGCCAAAAGUGACUGGAUGCAUUCGGCAAGAGAGUAUCGGCGCUUUGGACUCCAUUGUGAAAUGUCUCGAUUUCGCUGCUCGCCGCUUCAGACGAGUCUGGGCUGCCAGAGCAACAAGCGAUCACGCUUCAUUGACUGGGGCAUGGAAAGCAGCCAGCAGCUUUGACUCAUGCAACAGGCUGCCUGUCCAAGCUUUGCACGUUCGCCCUUUGGCCCACACGCGGCACCCCGGGCAAGGUCUCAUGGCUCCUGCCAGCGAACAGGAAAUGCAGAAGGAGUUGGAUAAGUUCAAGGGCAUGCAGGAAGGUCUGCAGAAAGACUACGAAGCACGGAUGGGCCUCAUUGCACAGCAGCAGGAGACCGAGCUGGUGAAGCAGGAGUUUGACUCCAUUGAGGAAGAUGCCGUCGUCUACAAGCUUGUUGGCCCCGUGAUGGUCAAGCAGAAUGUCGACGAUGCCAAGGCCAAUGUCGCCAAGCGUUUGGAAUACAUCUCUGGGGAGCUGGACAGGUCGAAUAAAAUCAUCGGCGAAAAGGAAAAGGAGUUGAGCGACAAGCAAAAGCAGCUGAUAAAGUCAGUGCCGGCUAAUCACGUCGGACAUGUGAAGACUGAAGACAAGCAUUCAAUCGCCUUCCUGUUGCAGGGCGUCAUGAAGGCAGUGCAGCUCACAGCAGCAAUUUUCCUGGCAACCAUUGCCACAUUUUUCAUGGCUGGCCAAGAGGCCCCCAUCGACUUCGUCAGUGCCCGGUGGAUUGGCGGUCCCGUGGCGAGAAGUCCAGGACCACGGACGGCUUGCAGAGCCGAGGUGCAGGAAUCGGAGGAUUUGGAGGAGGAAGAUGAAGCUCCAGACGUCGACUUGGACAAAGAUCCCAACUGGCUCAAGGUGAAGCAGGAAAUGGCACGCAUCUGGGACAUGCGUUACGAGUCGGAAGACUGGCUCAUCGCAGACGAUGUGAAAGGAAUCAUGGACGAGCACCUGCAGACCAUCGUAGGCAGGAAGAACUACCUGGACAUGGAGGAGACCUUCGUGGAGGUGGCCGACGAGGAACCGAAGCCUGGCGAGAUCAGCAAGGAAGACUUUACCGAGGCGAUCUAUUGGCACAGACGCUGUAGAGGGAUUCCGGUGCUCCCGAUCCUGCUGCUUGGAGUUGCUCUUGCCAUCGCCACGACCUGCUUCGUCGGCGGCACACACUCGACUUCGACAUCACUGCGUGGAGGCAGCCCCACUGCACGCGGCGCUGUGCCAGAGACCUUGGAGCUCAGUUCCUCUGUCACAACCGCGCUGGAGGUCUCGACACCUGGAUGGUGGGCCAACAUCGUCCUCCUGGUCGUCCCAUGCGCGAUCCUCAUCAUCAUCUACCUCCAGUCCGAGAGGCAAAAGUUCGAGGAAGCCACGCAGAAGUGA